AUGACGAACCCUGACCUCUCCGGCAAGGUCAUCAUCGUGACCGGUGGCAGUAGCGGACUCGGUAAAGAGAGCGCUCUCCAACUCGCCAAGUACAGCCCCCGCACGAUCUACAUCACGGCGCGGACUGCUGCCAGAGGCAACGCCGCCAUCGAUGAGAUACUACGGGAAGUUCCAUCAGCCCAUGGCAUUCUGAAAUUUCUCGAGCUCGACCUUGGAUCCCUCGAGUCGGUCCGGCGCGCAGCAGAUACCUUCUUAGCUCAAGCUGAUCGGCUAGACGUUCUUAUGAACAAUGCUGGCCUCAUGGCCUCGCCUCCCGGUCUAACAGCGGACGGCUAUGAGGUUCAGUUUGGGUCCAACUACGUGGGACCUGCUUUGUUCACCAAAUUGCUCAUGCCGAUUAUUGAGAGAACGGCGGCCCUCUCAGGUAGCGACACGCGCGUCAUCAACCUCAGCUCGGAACUUUUCAAACAGGCUCCCAAGGUAGGACUACUUUUGGAUCAGUGCAAGACUCCUCUCAACGACAUUUCGGGGCUCGCGCGCUACGGGCACGCCAAGCUCGCCGAUCACUACCACACCUUGAUACUGAGUCGUGAAUACCCAGCCACGAUGUUUGUUUCUAUCCACCCCGGUGUCGUCAACACAGGCCUGCUAGAUGAUCUAAAGAAAAGGCGCCCAUGGCUCGGCAUGUGCAUUAGCGCUCUGGCUUCCCUCUUCAUGACCGAUGUCCACAAAGGCGCACAGGCGCAAUUGUGGGCGAGCACGACGACGCGGGAGUCUCUGAAGAGCGGAGCUUUUUAUAAUCAGCACCGGAAAGAAUACACUGACGCUGUCCUUUUCCAAGUAGACAGCGCGAAGAAAUUAUGGGAGUGGACGGAAGCGGAAUUUAGCGCAAAGGGGUGCUAA